CAUCCCAUUUGUUUUGACUUUACCUUGCCUGAGACGAUUGUAGUUUAAAAUAAACACGUGUGAGCACAUUGUUUUCCAACUAGCAUCGUCUUAAAGUGAAAAAUGAAAAUUAAAGCUGAUAAAAAGAAUAAAGGGCAGAGCAGUAAGCUCCAUUCGAUCAACAAAUCGAGCGUAGUUGUUGGCAAGUCGAAGGAAAAGAAGAAAUCGAUCCUAAAACUACCGGCCGCAGAUCCGCUAUCGUUUGCCGAAAAGAAGUCUCUUGCGGUCAAAAAGAAAAACAAGAAAGAGAUACUAGAAGCGGCCGUAACCCAACCUACGAUCUCGAAAAAGUUGUCCAAGAAGAAAAAAGGUACGCUGGAAAGCUCGGACAAUGCUAUCGUGAAACAUGAUGUAAAGAAGAAAGAUUCGGUUCAGUCAAAGGGACAGCCUGAAAAGUCGACCAAGAAGAAGAAAAAGGCUAAACAGCAACCUCUCCCGAACGAGUUAAGUGCUUCUAAUGUCGAUCCACCAAAGAUUCCAGAUGUUUUGGUGAGCAAGAAAACUAUUCACUCCGCAUUGAAAGCCUGCAAGAAAGCAUUGGACUCGGGAUUUGAGAAAAAGAAAAACUUAUUUGGAGAGGAUUUGAAGUAUGGAUUACAAAUCGCUUCAGUAAAGAUUCCAGAUGUACCAAGCAGGAAUUGUAGAGUUCAAUUACCACAUCCAAUCUAUAAGAAAGGGGACGAUAUAUGUCUGAUUGUGAAAGAUUUGGUUCGGGGCAAUAAACAGGAUUAUGAACCGACACUUCAUCACUGGCAGGACAAGUUGCGGGAGCUCGGGAUUGACUGUAUUACACAAAUAAUCCCAUUUCACCAGUUGAAGCAAGACUAUCGACAAUACGAAAUGAAGCUGAAGCUGGUUCAUCGAUUCGAUCGAUUUUUAGUUGAUGCCCGUAUCAAUGGUCAUGUUUAUAGCUUUUUGGGAAAUGGAUUUAUUCGACGGUGCAAGAAUCCAACACCGGUUGUACUGGAAAAAGAUGAUAAAAUAGAGCAAAAUAUUACAAAAGCGCUUGGUAGAUUCACGUACAAACAGACAAACACAGGCAGAAUAACUGAAAUUCAAUUCGCUACCCACAAAAUGCCAUUGGAGGCAGCUGUCGAGAAUGCUGAAGCACUGAUCAACACGCUCAAAUCUCAGUACCCUGGCGGAUGGCUGAAUAUUCGAACGGUGUAUCUGAAACCCAUGGUUGAUAUUCCGCUGACCUUUCCUCUAUAUGUGAGCAAGAUCGAUCCUAAUUUGGUACCGGUGCCGAAGAUCAUUGGACCACGAGAGCGCUUCGAAACGAAGAUGAAUGAAAAGUUGCAGCGCACUACCGGGAAUAAGUACAAAUUCCAGGCGGGCAGUUUGGUGCGGGUUGAGUUUGAUCAACGCAAGAAACGGAUGCCGAAAAAGAAAUCAGAGGAUAACAAAGAUAAAAAGAAGGUAGAUGAAAAUGAUGUAGAGGAAGAGGAUGUGAGCGACGAUCAGAUACCAGAACAGGCAAGCGAUACAGAACAGAGCAAUCUUGACGAUGAUGACGAUUGAAGCUGCGUUGAGUUUGUUGUUCUUUAUUUUAAGGAUUCUAAAACACCCGCUAUUACUCUGAGCGUCAGUGUAAUAUAUGUUUGUAUGAA